UCGAUCAUGCCCAUUCGACAUUUGGAUACUUAUCUUCAAGAGAGGGGUUUGAUUCAUGAAGCACCUUUGACCUCUCUCAAAGAUACUCGAAUCGGAAUAGAUGCUCAACAAUGGUUCAAAACUUUAUUAUCUCAUCCAAAUUAUAAAGAACCAUUUGUUUCAGUCACAGGUGGUGCACCUCUCAAUACGUAUCAACAUAUGGAAAGAGAAUUACGUUUAUUAGAACAACAUCGAAUCAAACCAGUUUUUGUUUUUCAAGGUUUACCUCCAACUAGAAGAGAUCGACCCUUCUUUUUAUUUCCAAAUUCAACUGAUCUUUUAGAAAACCCAAUGUUAAAACUUAGAACAAGAGAUAAAGGUUGGGAAAAAUAUGUUUCAGGUGAUCUAGAGGGUGCUAAAAACUUAUUUGAUCAAUCAUCAAGUGUAGAACCCAAAGACAUUUUCAAUCAAAUUCAUAGAUUAUUUAGAACACGUCAAGUUGAAUAUUUGGUAGCACCUUAUCUAUCUUGGUCACAAUUAGUUUAUUUAGAAAGACAUCCUAAGAAACAUUAUAUUCAUUCAAUUUACGGUUCCAAUGAACUUUUCUUAUUUGAUGGAGUAGAUAAAGUAAUACUUUCCAUCAAUUUUGAAAGAGGUUUAAUCAAAUUCGCAUCAAAGAAAGAAAUUUUAAUUGAUACUGGUCUUACACCUGAACAAUUUACAGAUUUAGGUAUCUUAUCGGGGUUUGAACUUUCACCUAGUUUUCCUCCUUUUGUUGAAAGACAUGAACAUACUUUUAAACAUGCAGUCGAUUUAAUUAGAAGAUAUCAAACUGGUUUAUCUACUGUUAUGGCUUAUGCUGAUCAUCCGAUGGUAGCUAAAACAGGUUAUUUAGAUCAAUUCUGUAGAUCUAAAUGUAUGAUUAAAUUCUCAUUGGUCACUAUGGCAGAAGAAGGAAAAGUGAUGCCGUUACCUAUAGCUUCACCUACAUCUUCAAGUCCGAUUGGAAUUCAUGAUAUACCCACUGAUUUACAUGAUGUGUUUUCAUAUAAAUUUCCCGAUGAAAUUUAUUUUCAAUUAUGUAGAGCAAUGAUCAGUCCGACUUUAUUGAACGUAUUGGCUACUGGACUUUGGGUUGAACAACCUCCACUCUGUGGUGGUGAAACUGAUGAUUAUUGGAGUUUUGUUAGAGAAUCUUUAACCGAAAAUCCUACCAGUCCUAGAUGUGUUGCAUUAUCUUUAAUCAUUUCACCUUUACAUCAAUUUUGGCAAAAGAAACCGAUUAGUGCGAUUUAUUAUUUCGAUCCACAUAAUAAUUAUACCAUUCCUCAUGCUUCUCAAACUACUGUGAAUUUGAUUGAGAAAAUCUCGAAUUGGAAUGUACCUGCUGGUGUAGUAGAAGAAGAAUUAAAACGACAAAACUCAUCUACAAUUGAUAUCUCACUCUGUUUAGGAGCAACCUCACAAUCACAUUUAGCAGGAAGAACUCGUACACCAAGAUCCACUUCACAAACAAAUCAUAAACCAUUAGAAAAGAAAGAUGAAGUAGUGGCUAAUACGAUUUGGAGGUUUUUAGAAUUAAGAGGAUAUCUACAUUCGAAUCAUCAACAUACAAUUCAAGGAAAAGCUUUAUUUUUAGGAUUAAAGGAAUCUAAAGUGAAUGAUAAACUGCAAGAACCACUUUUGUUAGUGAUUGAAAUGUUAAAGAUGGGCUGUCUACAUUCGAAUUGGUUUGGUGGUCGUACUUGGACUGGUACGGCUCAUUUGGGUAGUGAAGAUGAUAAACGGAAUAUGUUAUUGGUGAUGAGAGUUUUAUCUAUCGUACCACUUUCUUUCAAGCCAAUGUCAUGGCAAGGACCACUUUCACGAGAUUUAUUAACCUUCAACUCAUUCACAAGAUCAUUAACUAAAUCAUUAAGAUUAUUAAUCGAAUCUAUAGUCUUAUCAUUAGUAUUAAGAAAUGAUACCAGAAGAUCACGUGAAGAUGGAAUGGAAGUUAGUUUAUCAUUACCAUUUCAAAAUGAAGCCAAUACAGGGAUGGGAAUCUUAUUUAAAGGUUAUGCAGAUGCAAUGGUUUGUAGUCAAAGUGAAAUUGAAGCUGAAACUGAGAUAGAUAAGAAAGAGGAAAUGGUGAAAGAAUUAAAGGAAGAUAUUUUGGUAGGAGCUCAGGAUGGGUUUCCUAUGGUUAGAGAUGUGAGAGCUGAAUUGAAUAGAGGGUUUAGGUUUUGGGAUGCUGUGAUGAAAGUAGUUAGAACAUUAAAAGAAGAAAAAGUUGUAAAUAAUAAUUUAGCUGAUGGAUUUGAAAGAGCUGAUGUUUGGUUAAAACCAUUAAGGUUAUGAUGAAUGAAGAAAAAAGAAAACAAAUAUAUAUAAUAUCUAUUACUUCAGUAUUACAAUAUUGUUUGUGUUUUCUUUUUUUUUGAGUUGGGGUUUAUAAGAAGGGUUGAGGGUAAAUGUGGGGGUUUAUUUGAAAAUUGGGAAAUGCAGAUGAAAUUUUCCAUUUAUC